AUGAAUACGAUUAGAUCGAAUUCUAUUUUGAUCAUUAUGAUCUUUUUGAUCAAUAUAACUCAUUCUGCUGCUGCUGCUGAUUCAAAACAAUGCACACCAAAAAAUGCUGACGAACAAUAUGAAGAUGUGACUUUUGUAUUUGUUAUUAAUCAUUACAUUGAUAGCGAUGGGGUAAAAAUCGAGAAAAAUAUUGGCAAAAACCACUGUAAUUUCAGAAAGACCAAAUAUUCCACGUUUUGUCUCAAAUCACUUGUGAAAUACCGAUUGCUGACAACAUCAAAGGAUAUGUGAUGUAUUAUGGUGCGAAAAAAUUGCCAGUUGUUGAAGAUGAGGAUUUCGUCAGCUCCAAAGGUUUAUUGAAAAAACUUCAGUCGGUUCAUGAUAUCAGUGAGUUGUUAGAUAUAAAAAGAAUCGGAAUAUAUUCGAAAGAAAAUUUUAGAGGAGCAAAAUAGAAUUUUAUUUUUUGGUUUCAUUACCAUCCCUGUAUGGUAAUGGUAACGUAUUUGAUAUACAUGUUUUCAGCUGAUGGUAAUGGAGUGGGUUGCAAUGAUUUCAAAUCCAAAUUCCGUCAUUUUGCCGAUUCGGAAAAAUUUAAAAAUCGCAAGAAUAUAUAUUACAUUGCUGUAUAUACAGGAAAUUGUGCGGAAGUUGGGUAUCCUCUUGAGAGAUUGCAUAUACUUUAUAGGUCUUAUACCAAUUCGGUUCUCACAAUAAAAAGCAGUUUUGGUCAGUUUAAUGUGAAAUCCAAUUUGAAUAUUGAUCUAGUUGAUGUUCGUACGAUUUAUAAAAGAAUGUAAGAUCGAAAAAACCAAAGAUUUUGUUUCCAUAGCUAAUCAUUUUUCCAGUGUACAAGAAGGUCUACGUGUUGUUCCAAAAGACACUAGUUGGCUCGGAUAUUUGAUUGGUGGCAUCAUUGGACUUUUAGUUGGCGGAGCACUUGGUGUAGGAGCUUGUUUUUUGCAUAAGAGAAUACAGAAAAAGAAAGCCGCGAAGAAUACAUUAUCCUUUUGAUUGAAAUAAAAUUAUUUGAGAGAAUUUUGACAGAACCCCUUUGGCAUAUUUUUUGAGAAUUCGAUAAUACAGUCCUCCACAUAAUCUUAGCCUCACCCCCAAAAUUUUCGAAAAAUCGAAAAUUUGAUUUUUUCAGAAAAAGUUGGCAUAGUCAAAAUAUGUCAAAAGGUGAUACAUAAAUGUAUCCUACUUCAAAUUUCAGAUAAAAAUGAGGCUGAAAUAAAAAGUUGACUUUUUUGAAAAAUAGGUCUUUUCACUUUCCACAUAAUCUUAGCCUCACCCUAAAAAAUUGCUGGAAUUUCAGGUUUUUGGCUUGAAAUGAGUUUGGAAUGAGGCUGAAAAUGAUAGUUAAAUCAAUUUCAGAUUGAAUUGAGCUGUAAUCAACCAUUAUUGAUUGAUUAA